CAAAAAUUUGAAACGAAUUUUGAACGAUAUUUAGAUAUGGGCGCCGGCAACAGCAAGCCGCAUACCGUGCAAAUGUCGAAUACAUCCGUAUUUCAGAUAAGCCGGGAUGUAUUGGAGCGUGUCGAGAAUGCAACAAAUCGAAAGAAAUCUGCCGCUGCCGCUGCCGUGCCCACUCUCCCUCCAGCUACCUGUGAGAAUUGCAGCCCAAUUGACGUCCAGCAUGCACCAUGCAAAACACAACCGUGCAAGCAUCACCAAAUGGACAUUGCAGCAACCUGGUCACGUCGUUCAAUAGAAAUGGAGGAGUUGCAAUUUAGCAAGAUGGUAGCCCAUGUGCACAGCCUGUUUGGCCAGCCCGUAAAAUGGGCAACGGCCAAUGAGUGCACGGCCGAUAUUGGUCUGAUGGAGCAACAACUAAUUGCCUGUUAUCGCCAAUGUGGCGGUGAGUCGCUGAAUUGCGCCCAAUUGGCCAAACAGUAUCACACUUUUGUAUUUAGUAAGCAAGUGAACUCGGCUGUUGAUAUCAAGUCCGUUGAUGGUCAGGACAAGACGCAUAGUGAAAGUCCUCAACUGAACUGACUGAUCUUUAUCCUUGUCUGCGGGUGUUAACAAUCAAAUUAUUUAAUAUUAAUUUAUUCCUUUCACAAUGCAAUUUUAAAUAUACAUAUAACGGAAAUGCA